AGCGCUACACCCUCGCAUGAGCCUACCGAGUCGCGUUCGUCGGAUGGAUGAGAAAACAUGGUGUAAAUCAAAGCCAAUGCUCAUGAGCAAGCAUUCCGCGAUAUAUCCGUCCUUUGUCCUGGUCGCGUGCAGUCACGCUAUCCCGAACAUAAGCGACUCAAUCCGGAUACUAGCAAACAAAGAAAGAUCAACGCCGUCCUAAACGCUACAGACUAAUAGAAUGAUCACUCCACCGACUGCUUCCAGAGAACAGCAUAUAUGAUAUCCUAGGACGGAUUCCGCUUCAUCCAUCCCCCUCCCAACCAUACAACAUCUACCAUGUCCACCACAUCCCCUACACGAUCCCAAGAGCCUUCAAGCCCCGGCUUCCCACCCAUCCCGCACGGAAACCUCAGCGCAAAGGGUCUCGAUACAACGAACACCACCUACCCCGUAUCUUUCGUCCGCACGCCACUUCCUCUCCUUCCCUUUCCCCACCCGAAGUGGCACAUCCAGCCUUCGACGGGCGAGAUCUACGAGGUGACCAGCCCGAUCCUGGAAGAGUAUGAUCCGGUGACCGGAUAUAUUGGGAGUGUGGGUGCGGUCAGAGAGAGCAUCGAGCGACCUGAUGAAGGGUUUCGGGAGGGCAGCGACAGGAAGGUGGAAGAUGGCAGCCCGCAAGGUUGGAAUGGAUAUGUAAGACACCCGGAAAGCCAUGAGCGCAGCAGCAUACAACUGGAAGCGAAGAGAAUCCGUGAGGAAAGGGAAGGUUAUGUGAAUGUGGAAACAAGUAAGAGGCAAGGAGUCGGGAAUGAGGAUGUCCAGUGAUCGGUGGCCCCUGAUAUCUUUACGUUGGGGAAUUUCUGCGAGGAGGCUGUCAAUACAUCUUAAUCAGAGCUCCCAUUGCGCGACGGAGCUCCAAUCAAUCCCGUCAUCUCCAA